AGGAACAGCACUGCUGGCACCCAGGAAAGAGCUGCUCCAACAACAGCUCCUGGAGUGGUAGAAAUUUUAAACUUUAAGCCGUGGAGGUGACUUCAGUGUGACUUGCUAGAUCAAGACUCAAGCACAGGAAGGAGCAGGUGCGGCAAGCAAGAUGAAAAAACAGUAAAUUGAUUUUUCCACAGUGGAAUAAUGUCCUCUGGGAGAAGCACUGCUGCUUGUGCCAGCCAGGGCAGGAGUGUGUGGCACACCGGGAUGUGCUCUGCAGAGCACGCUCCUGCUCUGGGCAAACACUGAAUUUCCAUAUCACAGUUCCUUCUACGAUCCUUUCCUGUCUGCGGCAGCGUGCAAAACUGGCAGAAGCAGUAGGUGGAGAAAUUCCUUCCAGGAUUUUACUGUCCGUAGCUUUAAAAAAUACUGUCCUAGUCAAGAAAGGGCUGGAGGGGGGAAUGGCUGGGUCAGGAGCAGGGCAAAGCUCACCAGGACCUCGGGUGUGGCACUGACUCACCUGCUCCUCUGGGGCCCCGGCGCAGCAGAGCCCGCUCCCUGCAUACGUGGAGAAAAGAGGUUUCCAGCCCCACAUCCCCUCACCUGCGGAGAGAGGGGGGAAUCCUCCGAGACAUAUCUCGAUGGCUUCAAGCAAGGCUGGUGGCAUUUAACACCGUGCGUUGUUGCACUUUGCGUUUAUCUUUUGCCGGGCAAAGUGCGGCAUGCCACACGGGCAUCCCCGAGCGUUCUCCCUCAAACCCAACCGCAAAAAAAAAAAAAAAAAAAAAAAAUUAAAUAAAACCAACAAACCCCACAAAGAGCAAGCACAAACAAAGCAACGUAUAGCUGCAAAACCAAGCGGUCGGGAGAGUUUCGCUCAGGGCAGAACUUCACAGGGGAUCAGCGAAGGGCGGGAGCGGGGGGGAUGCUCGGGGGAUGCUCGCGGGCUCCGCGCCGUGCCCCACCCGCCUCCUCCCGGUCCUGCCCGUCCCCUCCCGGUCCCCCCGGUCCCCCCCGUCCCCCGGGCCGGCGGGGCGGGCGCGCAGGCGCAGGGGGGGCGGGCGCGGCGCGGGGUGCGCGGAGCGCGGCGCGGCCCCAGAUCCGCGCUGCAGCCGCCGCGGGGGCGCCUCUACCAUGAGCGGCCGCGGCCGCCCCUGCGCGACUCACGGGCACCGGGCGCUGCCGCCGCCGCCGGCACCCCCCCGCCGCCGCCGCCGCUGCCGCCGCGCACCCCCGGCCCCCGAGCCCGGCGCUGCAGGAUGCCGGGGGGCAAGAGAGGGCUGGUGGCACCGCAGAACACCUUCCUGGAGAACAUCGUCCGGCGCUCCAGCGAAUCUAGUUUUUUGUUGGGAAACGCCCAGAUCGUGGACUGGCCCGUAGUUUAUAGUAAUGACGGAUUUUGUAAACUCUCUGGAUACCACCGAGCUGACGUCAUGCAGAAGAGCAGCACUUGCAGUUUUAUGUAUGGUGAAUUGACAGACAAGAAGACCAUUGAAAAAGUCAGACAGACUUUCGACAACUAUGAGUCAAACUGCUUUGAAAUCCUCCUCUACAAGAAAAACAGAACCCCAGUUUGGUUCUACAUGCAAAUUGCACCUAUAAGAAAUGAGCAUGAAAAAGUGGUUUUGUUCUUGUGCACUUUUAAGGAUAUCACUUUAUUCAAGCAACCGAUCGAAGAUGAUUCAACAAAAGGCUGGACCAAGUUUGCCCGGCUGACGCGGGCGCUGACCAACAGCCGGAGCGUCCUGCAGCAGCUGACGCCCAUGAACAAGGCUGAGGUGGUGCACAAGCACUCCCGCUUGGCCGAGGUUCUCCAGCUGGGAUCUGAUAUUCUUCCUCAGUACAAGCAGGAAGCUCCAAAGACUCCACCACACAUUAUACUCCACUAUUGUGCUUUUAAGACCACCUGGGACUGGGUCAUCUUGAUUCUAACCUUCUACACAGCAAUCAUGGUUCCAUACAACGUGUCCUUCAAGACGAAGCAGAACAACAUUGCCUGGCUCGUGCUGGACAGCGUGGUGGACGUUAUUUUCCUGGUUGACAUUGUUUUGAACUUUCACACCACCUUUGUUGGCCCCGGGGGAGAGGUGAUCUCUGACCCCAAGCUCAUACGGAUGAACUACCUGAAGACGUGGUUUGUGAUUGACCUUCUGUCCUGUUUACCCUACGACAUCAUCAAUGCCUUUGAGAACGUGGACGAGGGAAUCAGUAGCCUCUUCAGCUCCCUGAAGGUGGUGCGCCUGCUGCGGCUGGGCCGGGUGGCCAGGAAGCUGGACCAUUACCUGGAGUACGGUGCUGCCGUGCUGGUGCUGCUGGUGUGUGUGUUUGGGCUGGUGGCCCACUGGCUGGCCUGCAUCUGGUACAGCAUUGGGGACUACGAAGUGAUAGAUGAACUGACCAACACCAUCAAAACAGACAGCUGGCUCUACCAGCUGGCCCUGAGCAUCGGGACCCCGUACCGCUACAACUCCACGGGCUCGGGCCAGUGGGAAGGGGGGCCCAGCAAAGACUCCUUGUACAUAUCCUCUCUCUACUUUACCAUGACAAGCCUUACAACCAUAGGAUUUGGGAACAUAGCCCCCACCACCGACGGGGAGAAGAUUUUUUCGGUGGCCAUGAUGAUGGUUGGCUCUCUUCUUUAUGCAACUAUUUUUGGAAACGUCACCACCAUUUUCCAGCAAAUGUAUGCCAACACCAACCGGUACCACGAGAUGCUGAACAAUGUGAGGGAUUUCCUAAAAUUAUAUCAAGUCCCAAAAGGCCUUAGUGAAAGAGUCAUGGAUUACAUUGUCUCAACCUGGUCCAUGUCCAAAGGGAUUGACACAGAAAAGGUGCUCUCAAUCUGCCCAAAGGACAUGAGAGCAGACAUCUGUGUGCACCUGAACAGGAAGGUUUUCAAUGAGCACCCCGCCUUCCGGCUGGCCAGCGACGGCUGCCUGCGCGCCCUGGCCGUGGAGUUCCAGACCAUCCAUUGUGCCCCGGGGGACCUCAUCUACCACGCUGGGGAAAGCGUGGAUGCCCUCUGCUUUGUGGUCUCAGGAUCCUUGGAAGUCAUCCAGGACGACGAGGUGGUGGCUAUUUUAGGUAAAGGUGACGUGUUUGGUGACAUCUUCUGGAAGGAAACCAGCCUGGCCCACGCCUGUGCCAACGUGCGGGCCCUGACCUACUGCGAUUUGCAUAUAAUUAAGAGAGAGGCCUUGCUCAAGGUGCUGGACUUCUACACGGCUUUUGCAAACUCCUUCUCCAGGAACCUCACGCUCACCUGCAAUCUGAGGAAGCGGAUCAUCUUCAGGAAGAUCAGCGAUGUCAAGAAGGAGGAAGAGGAGCGCCUGCGCCAGAAGAACGAGGUGACGCUGAGCAUCCCCGUGGACCACCCCGUGCGGAAACUCUUCCAGAAAUUCAAGCAGCAGAAGGAGAUGCGCAACCAGGGCUCGGCCCACAUCGACCCAGAGCGGAACCAGCUGCAGGUGGAGAGCAGGGGCGUGCAGAACGGGGCCUCCAUCACGGGCACCAGCGUGGUCACCGUGUCGCAGAUCACGCCCAUCCAGACCACCCUGGCGUACAUGAAAAGCAGCGAGGCCGUCAAGCAGAACAACCGCGACGCCAUGGAGCUGAAACCGAACGGGAGCGGAGAGCAGAAGUGUCUCAAGGUGAACAGCCCCAUGCGGGUGAAGAACGGCAACGGGAAGGGCUGGCUCCGGCUGAAGAACACGAUGGGCGCCCACGAGGAGAAGAAGGAGGACUGGAACAACGUCACCAAGGCGGAGUCCAUGGGGUUGCUGUCCGACGACCCCAAGUCCAACGACUCGGAGAACGGUGUGAAUAAAAACCCGCUGAGGAAAACAGACUCUUGUGACAGCGGGAUAACAAAAAGUGACCUUCGCUUGGACAAAGCUGGUGAGACUCGCAGCCCCCUGGAGCACAGCCCCAUCCAGGCGGAUGCCAGGUGUCCUUUCUACCCCAUUCCUGAGCAGGCCUUACAAACCACGCUGCAGGAGGUCAAGCACGAACUCAAAGAAGAUAUCCAGCUGCUAAGCAGCAGGAUGGCUGCCCUUGAGAAGCAGGUGGCAGAAAUUUUAAAAAUAUUGUCUGAAAAGAACGUAUCCCAGCUCUCUUCCCCCAAGUCUCAUUUAUCACCCCAGUCCCCUCCCCAGAUAUCCUGUCAAGAUAUUUUUAGUGUUUCAAGGCCUGAAUCACCUGAAUCUGAAAAAGAUGAAAUCCACUUUUAG